AUGUCAACAAAUGUUAUUACAAAAAAAAAUUCAACAACAUCAACCACCAAUACAUCUAAUACAACAUAUCUUUCAAUGAUGACACCUAAUGUUUCUAGUACUAAUGUCACAAAUACUAGCACUAAUAAACGACGUGAAAGUUCAACUGGUGAAGAUUCCGGUGUUCAAAUAGAUCACGAUAGUAUAAUUAAAAAUGCUCAUCUAUCGAUAACUAACUCCUCAAAUAUAGUGCCUUCUUUAUUAUUAUCAUCAUCAUCAUCAUCAUCAUCAUUAACAUCAAAAACAAUCGGCACAACGACGGCGCCGAAUCCCAAUUCCGUAACUACUUUUAGUAGCAAUAGUACGAUGGUCACAUCAUCGACUCUUAUUCCACCAUCUGUGGAUACUAAAACAUCAUCAUUAUUACCUCGUAAAACGUCAAAUGCAUCAAGUUCAGGUACUUUUUCUGAAGUAUCUCGUUCAUUUGGUCAUGAAGAAAAUUCUGCAGAUUCAUUAUAUGGUUUAACAUCAUCAUCAUCGUCAUCCCAUUAUAUUAUUAAAUGUACUCUAAAUACAACAACAACAACACCAACAAUUACUAAUACAAAUACAUCAUCGAUGUCGACUACGUUGCCGACGUUAUCACCACCGGUGAUAUUGACACCACGUGUUAAAGUAACUGUUCAACAACCAUCAAUAACAACAUCAUCAUCACGUAUUGAUUCAUCAGCUGAAUCAAUUCCAUCAUCAUCAUUUCUUAAAACUCCAACAUCAAAUAUUUUACCUAUACUUUCACCAUCAUCACAUACGACAACAAGUGCAGCAUCAAGUGUACCCGAAUUUUCUAUAAGUGGUACAUCAAGUAUUGAUGAUUCAGAAGAAUUAGCAUUAUAUGAACAAUAUCUUUCAAUAUCUUAUGGACGACAAUCAAAUCCUUCACCUGAAAUACGUAAAAUAACUGUUGACGAUGUAACUAAAAUACAACAAAGAACAUUACCUCGUAGUAAAAGUGAAGCAAAUACUUUACCAAUAGAACAAUCACAAUCACAGCAACAACAACAACCACAGCAACGACAACAACAACAAACAACAACUAGUCAAAUAAAACCGGAACCAACAUCAUACGUUAGUGAAGACGACGAUUCAAAUAAUCGUGUAUCAACAACAAGUAAUUCGACAACAACAGAUAUGACAAAAAAGAAAAAAUCUAAAGCAGCAACUAUUGCAAAAGAUUUUAAAUCACGUGCUGCUAAUUUAAUACGACGUCGUACAACAGAAGCAACAUUAUCAGAAAAAAGUCUUAUACCAUCACGUGAAGAUGUUCAAUCAUGGGAAGAAUCCUUUGACGCACUUUUACGGCAUCGAUAUGGACAAGCUUUAUUUCGUGCUUUUUUACGUACUGAAUUUAGUGAAGAAAAUCUUGAAUUUUGGCUUGCAUGUGAUGAAUUUCGUACAUGUAAAGAACCAAAACGAUCAGCUAAAGCAAAAAAAAUCUAUAUGGAUUUUAUUGCUAUUGGUGCCCCAAAACAGGUGAAUCUUGAUACUGAAACACGUAUGUCAACAAUAGCUAAUAUUGAUAAUCCACCAUCAGAAACAUUUGAUCGAGCUCAAAGACGUAUUCAAGGUUUAAUGGAAAAAGAUUCUUAUCAACGUUUUCUUAAAUCUGAAUUAUAUAUAAAUUUAUUACGUCGUACAACAUAUCCAAUUCAACGACGAACAACGACAGAAAUGGCAUCAAAAUCAUCCUGA